GCCAGGCAACCGGCGAUGGGCGGGGCCAGCAGAGACGGUCACCGCGGAGGAGGAGCAGGAAGGAGGAGCAGGAAGGAGGGGAUUUGGGACUGAUACUUCUCCUGACACACGAGUGGGUCCACGGCCGGAGAUCAUGUCCACCGUCAGCUGGCAGCCGUUCGUGUUCGGCGGGCUCGCGUCCGUGACGGCGGAGUGCGGGACCUUCCCCAUCGACCUGGCCAAGACGCGGCUGCAGGUCCAGGGCCAGGUGGGCGACAGCAAGUACCGGGAGAUCCGCUACCGGGGCAUGCUGCACGCCAUGGCGAGGAUCGGCCAGGAGGAGGGGCUCCGGGCGCUGUACUCGGGGAUUGCUCCUGCCAUGCUGCGCCAGGCCUCCUACGGGACCAUCAAGAUCGGCACGUACCAGACCUUCAAGCGGUUGCUGGUCGACAGACCAGAAGAUGAGACUCUGCUGACUAACGUGGCGUGUGGCGUCCUCUCUGGGGUCAUCUCCUCCUCCAUUGCCAACCCCACUGAUGUGCUGAAGAUCCGGAUGCAGGCGCAGGGAAGCGUGAUCCAGGGCAGCAUGAUGGGAAACUUCAUCAACAUCUACCAGGAGGAGGGAACACGCGGCCUGUGGAAGGGCGUGUCUCUGACGGCCCAGAGGGCGGCCAUCGUGGUGGGGGUGGAGCUGCCCGUCUACGACAUCACCAAGAAGCACCUGGUGCUGUCGGGCUACAUGGGGGACAACGUGUACACACACUUCCUGUCCAGCUUCGUGUGCGGCCUGGCCGGAGCUCUGGCCUCCAACCCGGUGGACGUGGUCCGGACCCGCAUGAUGAACCAGAGAGGGGGAGCGCUGUACCAGGGAACGCUGGACUGUCUCCUGCAGACGUGGCGGUCCGAGGGCUUCAUGGCGCUCUACAAGGGCUUCCUCCCCAACUGGCUCCGCCUGGGGCCGUGGAACAUCAUCUUUUUCCUCACGUACGAGCAGCUGAAGAGUAUCAGCGUAUGACAGAGAAUUACAGGGAAUUAGAGCUUUACAGAAGAAUGGCAGCGAGGAGGAGAGACGAGUGUGAGCGCCUGCUCCCAGAUGAGCCGAGUGGACCAAAGAUGGAAGGAUGGAAGGAUGGAAGGAAGGAAGAAUGGAAGGAGGUCGACCUCUGCUGAGACCGCUGGUGGAAAGGGCGUACGCAGAUGUGGACCUGAGUGACACCACGGCCUGAUUGUGCUGCAUGUCUGGUGAAAGCCAAAGGACCCACGACCCAGGAACCACCGCAGUAUACAGGACUGUCUCAGAACAUUAGAAUAUUGUGAUAAAGUUCUUUAUUUUCUGUAAUGCAAUUUAAAAAAAAAAAAAAAAAAAAAAUGUCAUACAUUCUGGAUUCAUUACAAAUCAACUGAAAUAUUGCAAGCCUUUUAUUAUUUUAAUAUUGCUGAUCAUGGCUUACAGUUUAAAGGAGCAUGAGGCAGGAUUUAUGAAAAAAAUUCGUAAACGUUUUAAGUUUUCUAGUAAUAAUGUCGAGUUUCCUGCGCUGUCCUGCGGAUGUGACGUCACAUGACGCUGCAUGCACGUUCUCCCCGUUCUCCCGUGCCGGCUUCACUGUUGGCUGCAGUACCCCCAACGGCCAUCGUGGUGAAGGGUGGCGCUAGAGAGUCUCAUUUCUUAAAAGGAGCUUCAUGCUCCUUUUAAGAUUAAGAUUCCCAGAAUAUUCUAAUUUUUUGAGAUAGGAUAUUUGAGUUUUCUUAAGCUGUAAGCCAUGAUCAGC